AUGAAUCAAGAAUUUGUCGACCCGGAAUACUUUCGCAUGCUGAGAACAGGCAAUCAUCAUUUCCGUGGGGGAAACGGUCCUCCCAGUCCCGUCCGCCGACUUGUUGAGCCAGCAUCGGCAACCAGGUCUGCUACCCGCUCUACCUCUCCACAAGGAUCCGUAACUGGUCAGGAUGAGUCCCAGUAUUUGUCCAGUAGCCUAGGAAUCCCUAAAGCUGAAGGUAGCGGAAUCAGGAAAGAAGCCUUCAGUCCAAACUACUUCAGGUCCUUUUUCGUGGAGGAACGCGUGCUUGGCAAAGGAGGCAAGGGUGUUGUGCUGUUGGUGCGACAUGAGAUUGAUGGAUGUCCUCUUGGGCACUUUGCAUGCAAACGUGUUCCGGUCGGGGAUGAUCACUCAUGGCUAGAAAAGGUCUUGGUUGAGGUUGAACUUUUAGCUAAACUCUCCCAUCCUAACCUCGUCUCCUAUCGCCACGUAUGGCUAGAGGAUGUCCGAUUAACUAGGUUUGGACCCAGUGUUGCUUGCGCCUUUAUUCUUCAGCAGUAUUGCAAUGGUGGUGACCUACACCAGCAUGUCGUUGGCAGCGCUCCUAGGGAGCUUACAAAGGAAGAGCUGAAGGCACAAAUGAGACGACGGUCAAAAGGCCAAGCGGAUGUUCCACAAGAUUCAACAAGGCCGCAAUUAUCAUUUGAAGAGAUAUACUCACUAUUCAGAGACAUCACAUCUGGCGUGGCAUAUCUCCACAACGCAAAUUACAUCCAUCGGGAUUUGAAGCCAAGUAACUGCCUCCUGCAUCGCGAGGGAGGGAAGCUGACGUGCCUCAUCAGUGACUUUGGCGAGGUUCAGCCAGAGAAUGCUGUGCGUAAGUCCACCGGGUCAACUGGCACUAUAUCGUACUGCGCCCCCGAGGUUCUAAAAAUGGACGUGGCCGGGCACUAUGGAAACUUCACAACCAAGUCGGAUGUCUUUUCACUUGGAAUGAUACUUUACUUCAUGUGUUUUGGAAGACUUCCUUACCAAGGGGCCAAUGCUAUACAGGAAGAGCUAGAAGAUAUUGAUCAACUUCGAGCCGAGAUUACGGACUGGCAAGGUUUUCAUGGCGAGCGGCAAGAGCGUCCGGAUUUGCCGUCCAAGUUGUACAAACUCCUCAAGAAGCUGCUGGCUCUUGAUCCGUCAGAACGCCCCAGUGCGAAUGAAGUUUUGCUGGCAAUGAGGAGUGAGACAAAUUUCGAUAACGUUACGAAAGGCGACUGGCCACCCCAUCGAGUACAGAACUUGGACUCACCAGUCCCUCCUGGAACCCCUGUCCCAGAUCCUGAAAAGGAGAAGAUCCAGGGACUCAAAGGAAGUCGAAAAGGGAAUGCUGCCCUGGGUGUAUCACAUCCAAGUUCUUUUGAGGUGGCCGAAGAAACUACUCAGGCAUCACAGCCGGACGUCUUUGUGAAUCAUGAUAUGAACAACCAUCGUCAACUGGAGUUCAGCCCAGAACGAGACCGAAAAGGCUCCGGUACAUGCCUGCUCCACGUCUUUUAA